AGUCUGAUCCAUUUUCGUUUGAACAAAUCGCCAACGGCUACGCACCGACUGAGACAAAUUUUUUCGCUUUACCGGCUUUACCGAAUAACUACACUUUCGAGAUUCGCGGUUGGGGUUGUCUUGCGAUUGUGAAUGGAAAAGUUUCGAAUACCCCAGGAGAUCUGACAGCCACAUUACAUGACUUUCAUGGUCAUAAUAUUCUAGAGAUAAGGAAAGUUCGACAUUUCAUGAGGACAUUCCGUCAUCCCUUUAGCUUUUUCCGUCGAUCGAAUGAACUGAUGAAUAAUGUAUUCAAAUUCGAUGUGCAUGAAGGUGGAAAACGAAUCGGACAAAUAGUAUACGGAGUCAGAGAGCCAACGGAAACAUGCCUCAAAAUUUUUCAUGCUGAUAAUACAACACAGUUGGUUGUUAGAUCGCUGCGUAUGGGAGAAUUUUCCGUGUUUCGCGACGAGUCGUCACCAAGUCCACUAUGCAUUAUAAAUAGUAAUCCACUUGAGUUGGAUGUGCAUUCUUCGGAUGACUUCCGAUCGAAUAUUGAAUUCUAUUCUGAAGCAAAGAUUACAACAGAAGAACAAAAACUGUGUACUGGUGCAGCUUUUGCAAAUAAAAUUUGCGAAGUUCAACGUUCACAAUAUUUUGCCCAGCAGUUACUCAAAGAAGGCGGCAAUGCAAAUCCGCAAAAAAAGGCUGUAUGUCUUAAACUACUUUUUGAUUAUGAUGAAUAG